AUGCCUAAUACUCGUUUCGUCGAGGAACCACCUCAGGUCAUCAACGAGGCCGACCUCAAAGCCGCCAACGAGAAGCUCGAAUCCCGCGACGAGCCCGCGGUGGACGCUGAUGUAAGCAACAGCGAGCAAGCCUCCUCAAAAGAACUCGGGCACGGCACCGAUCACUCGGGGCACGACGCCAACGGAAUUGCCGGUAAUGGCAACGGGGCCAAGCUCGAGAAGCUGGGCACCUACGACAAGUACGAGAUCACCGAGGACGACUGCUACAACGAGCUGGGAUUCAGCUUCCCCAAGUGGAAGAAGUGGUAUAUCCUCACCGUCAUCUUCUGGGUCCAGGUGUCAAUGAACUUCAACACCUCGCUCUACUCCAACGCCAUCCCCGGCAUCUCGGAGGAGUUCCACGUCAGCGCCCAGGCCGGCCGCUGCGGCGCCAUGAUCUUCCUGGUCCUCUACGCCUUCGGCUGCGAGCUGUGGGCCCCUUGGUCCGAGGAGUUCGGCCGCUGGCCGGUGCUCCAGCUCUCGCUGGCCCUCGUCAACGUCUGGCAGCUACCCGUCGCCCUGGCCCCCAACUUCGCCACCAUCAUGGUCGGCCGCGCUCUGGGCGGUCUUUCGUCCGCCGGCGGUUCCGUCACCCUUGGUAUGAUAGCUGACUUGUUCGAGUCCGAUGAUCAGCAGUACGCCGUCGCCUACGUCGUCUUCUCCUCGGUUGGCGGGUCCGUACUCGGCCCCAUCGUUGGCGGAUUCACCGAGGCUCAUUUGAACUGGAGAUGGUCCAUCUGGGUCCAGCUCAUCUUCGGAGUCGCGGUCCAGGCCCUCCACUUCUUCACCGUCCCCGAGACGCGUACCACAAUCAUGAUGAACCGUAUCGCCAAGCGCCGCAGAAAGGAGGGCAACCCCAACAUCUGGGGCCCCGACGAACUCGUCCCCUUCAAGGAUCGCUUCUCCGUCAAGGAGAUCCUGUCCACUUGGGUGCGCCCCUUCAAGAUGUUCCUCACCGAGCCCAUCGUGCUCGUGCUGUCGCUGCUCUCUGGCUUCUCUGAUGCCCUCAUCUUCAUGUUCAUCCAAUCCUUCGUCCUCGUCUACCAGCAGUGGAACUUUGACACCGUUCAGGUCGGCCUCGCCUUCAUCCCCAUCGGCAUUGGCUACGUCCUCGCCUGGCUUCUCUUCAUCCCCGCCAUCAGGCGUAACAUCAAGGAGCGCGAGGCCAAGCCGAACGACGACAGGGCCCAGUACGAGUCUCGUCUCUGGAUCCUCCUCUACACGGCGCCCUGCCUGCCGAUCGGUCUGAUCGGUUUCGCCUGGACCAUCCAGGGCCCGCCCAUCCACUGGAUCGGCUCCAUGGUCUUUGCCGCCAUCGUCGGCAUCGCCAACUACGCCAUCUACAUGGCUACAAUCGACUACAUGCUGUGUGCAUACGGCCCUUACUCUGCUUCGGCGACUGGCGGCAACGGCUGGGCGCGCGACUUUCUCGCAGGCGUCCUCACCGUGCCCGCCACGCCCUUCUUCACCAACAUCGGCGCCGCCAGCGGCAAGAACCUGGAGUACGCCUGCACGAUCCUGUUCUGCAUCUCCUUCGUUCUCGUCGUUGCCGUUUACGUCAUCUAUUGGAAGGGCCCCGCCCUGCGCGCUCGCUCGCCGUUCGCGCAGAAGCUUGCGGGCGCGAGAGACGACGUUGGAGGUCGCAACGUGAGCUACGCCCCCGGAGAGGGACCGGCCAGUGCUGCUUCCGGCACUGACCAGCCCGAUCGCCCCGGUUACCAGCGUUCGUACAGCCAGCAAAGCCGCUUCUUCGGCGAGAACCGCGUCACGCCUCGCGGUACCCCCAGAGGCACUCCGUCUGCGAGCAGGGCCAACAGUUUCGUCGGCACGAGGCGCACGGCGGCCAAGUAA